AUGUGGAUUGCACUUGAAAAAGAAUUUCUUACAGAAUCUAGAACUAAAACUGUGCACAUUAAGAGUUUGCUGCAAAACACUAAGAAAGAUAAUCUUAGUAUCCAUGAAUAUUUUGUAAAGAUGAAAGGAUUUGCUGAAAUAUUGUUAGCUAGUGGAAUUCUAAUCUCUGAUGAAGAACUAAUGAACUACAUUUUUUAUGGUUUAAGUUCUGAAUAUGAUGCCGCUAUAGUAAAUAUUGCUACAAGAUUGGAGUCUAGGAUAGAUCCUAUCUAUGUUCAGGAAGCACAAAUUAUUUUGCAAAAAUAUGAGUUGAGGUUGGAAAGAGCAAAUCUAGUUGCAAAUUCAGUUGUCAACACUGAGUUUCAUGGAGGUUCAAUUCAUCUUGCUAAUCUCACUACUGAUACAACUCAAACAAAAUAUCAGAGUGAACAUUCCUUGCUUAAUAUGGGACAACAUCAGUUUUCACCCAUAUAG